GUGUCUUGAUUCAUAGUAGGAUUUUGGCAAGAAAAAUCCUAUUCGACAUUCAUUUCACGUUUCAGCCUUUUAGGCCACUAUAUAGACAUCAAUUUGUUGAGGAUCUAAUCCAAGCAUCCCCAAUAAUGGACGUUCUAGCUUUCCUACUUGCAAUUGCAUGUCUUCUGGCCUUCUUUCUGGUCCACAACUCAAGGAGAACAGAACUAGUAACCUACAACCAAAAUAGAAAGAGAAAAUUAGCCCCUGAGCCAUGUGGUGCUUGGCCAUUACUAGGCCAUCUUCUUCUUAUUCUCAAGGAUCGGGUUCCACUUUUCCGAAUUCUAGGAGCAAUGGCCGAUAAACACGGCCCUGUUUUCACUAUACAACUUGGGACGAAACCCGCUCUUGUGGUAAGCAGCUGGGAAGCUGUAAAGGAUUGCUUCAAAACCAAUGACAGGGUCUUCAUGACUCGUCCUAGUUGUAUUGCCUCAAAAUAUCUGGGUUACAACGGUGCCCUGUUUGGGCUAAGUCCCUAUGGACCAUAUUGGCGUGAUAUUCGCAAGCUUGCAAUUCUUGAGCUUUUAUCCAAUACCCGUCUUGAGAAGCUAAAGCAUGUGCGGGUUUCAGAGGUAGAGACUGGCGUCAGGAACUUGUACGUAUUGUGCACUAAUGGCAGGACUGGUUCAACUGUGGUGGACAUGGACCAGUGGUUUUCCAAUAUGACGAUGAACCUGAUGAUAAGAAUGAUAGCUGGAAAGCUACUCAUUAAGGAUGAGGAAUCUGAGAGAUUCUGCAGAGCAACCAAAAAUUUCAUGCAUCUACUCGGAGUGGUUGUGAUAUCGGAUUUGAUUCCAGGUACAGAAUGGUUGGAUUUGCAGGGGCAUACGAGAUCUAUGAAGAGAACGGCUAAGGACAUGGACUAUUUCAUUAGUAGGUGGGUAGAGGAGCAUCUUCAUAGGAGGGAAGACGGGCAAGAGAAAGAAGAGCCUGACUUCAUAGAUGUGAUGCUUUCUUCACUUGCAAAUGAGGAUUGGAUAUGUGGACAUAAGAGCGAAACGGUGGUCAAGGCAACAGCCAUGAAUUUGAUCAUAGCUGGCAUGGACACUACAUCUGGUGCCAUGACUUGGGCGCUUUCGUUGGUGCUUAAUCAUCCAGAAGUGCUAAAACAAGCACAAGAAGAAAUAGACAACCACGUUGGACGAGAAAGAUGGGUAGAAGAAUCAGAUUUCAACAAUUUGCCAUACCUCCAAGCCAUUGUAAAGGAAACAUUACGGCUCUACCCUUCAGGUCCCCUAUCGGUACCACGGGAGGCCAUGGAAGAUUGCUAUGUAGGUGGCUUUUAUGUCCCUAAAGGAACUAGAUUAUUGGUCAAUAUUUGGAAGUUGCAUCGCGAUCCACGUAUAUGGCGAAAUCCAAAUGAAUUUCAUCCUGAGAGGUUUCUUGCUUGUGAGGGUCAUGAAUUCGACGUUCGAGGUCAGAAUUUUGAGUACAUUCCCUUCAGUAGUGGAAGAAGAGCUUGCCCUGGAAUAUCGUCUGGCAUGAAAAUCAGUUGUUUGGUGCUUGCUCGUAUUCUUCACGGCUUCAAUCUGAGAACCCCGACAAAUGCACCUGUAGACAUGAGUGAAGGUUUGGGGGCCACAAUACCUAAAGCAGCACCACUACAUGUCGUUCUUAAGCCUCGUCUAGCACAUCAUCUGUACCAACUUUAGAAGCAUCAUCAAUACAUGUGAUGCCAUGUGUAGUUAUAAUCAAAUAAACAUAUCAGGCUUUAUUUUCUCCUCUUUCUCUCUACAACUUCUCCCUUUCCGCCACUUUCCUUAGCUUGAGGGGUUGGCCACUAACCACCCCUUUCCUUUCUUUUCUUUUAAAAAUCUUCAUAAAUAAGUGUUUCUACACAGAUCUAGCUCUGUGGGAGCUUUUUCAUUUCUCUCCUGAGGCUUUUAGUGGGUUAUGAGUGAACAUGUCUUCCUUUUAAGGAAUAGAUAUGAAACUUACAAGGUAAGAGAAAGUUUUUCUAUCAAAAGAAUUGAGUCAACUUAUCAGUGUUUCGAGAUUCAAGUUCCCUCUAUGUGUGUUCAGGAGUAAAACUAUGUGUUAUCAUUGAGUGUUGUUCACAUGUUAUUGUAAUUCUGUGUAUUUUUCUAUUUUCUCUACUAUUUUGAAUUUGAAUUGUGCUUAAUAUUUAUUUGUUGUAUUUUCUGUAA